UGAACUGAAAGAAUUUUAAUAAUUCAGUCAAUUCACAACAUUCCAGCCGUCCAAAUCAUGGAGUUCUUAUUAAGAUUCCUGCAAUUUUUAGUCAAAAUCGUCUAUAUUAUCGUCUAUCCCAUAUUGACCGUACUUUUGCCACGAAAAAGCAAUGAAAAAAAAGUACCGCCCAUCAAGAAAAAAGUUCUGCUUUUGCCACUUGUUGAAAUCAUCGCUGCAAUGAGAUAUAGAAAAUUAACAUCUCAGCAACUGGUCCAAGCUUAUAUAGAGCGCAUAAAAGAAGUGAAUCCCCUUAUCAAUGCAAUUGUGGAGGAACGUUUUGAGGAUGCCAUGGUCGAAGCCAAAAGGGCCGAUGAUUUGUUGGCCAAAUGUGCAAACAGUCAACUAUCUCAGUUAUACACAAGAUAUCCCCUGUUGGGGGUGCCAUUUACGGUAAAAGAAUCUGUGGGAAUUAAAGGCAUGUCUCAUGUGGUGGGUAGCCUAAAGCGUGUUGGCAUAAAGGCUAAAAUAGAAAACGAAUCAGUGGAAAAUUUGCGUUUAGCUGGUGCAAUACCAUUGUUGGUUUCGGCAAACCCAGAGUAUUGUUUUAGCAUUGAAACCACUUCCUAUACCAAUGGUAGAUGUUUAAAUCCCUACGAUUCUCGCAGAAGUAGUGGUGGUUCGUCUGGUGGAGAGGGCGCUUUAAAUGGAAGUGGUGCCACAUUAUUUGGCAUAGGCUCCGAUAUUGCUGGCUCCAUACGUAUUCCUAGUCUUUUUAAUGGGGUUUUUGGUCACAAACCAACCGGGGGUCUUAUACCCAUCAAUGGAAUUUUCCCCUCCUCCGCUGAGGCUGAAUGUGCUCAAUUUUUACAGCCGGGCAUAAUAACAAGAUUUGGCUCUGAUUUGAGCCUACUUUUACAUGUUAUGGCUGGAGAAAAUUCUGUCAAAUUGGGCUUUGCAUCUGCUGUGGACACCAAAGAGAUAAAGGUCCAUUACUCACUUGGUUUUGAUGGUCUCAAUGGAUUUUUGCACCACAGUGUCAUGGCUGACAUACAAAUAGCCAUACUAAAGGCAGUCAAAUAUCUUCAACAGUCCGGUCUGCAGACAAAGAUUGCUAAAAUCAAGGGAUUCCAUGACUCCAACGAAAUAAGUUUUAGUGGUAUUGCCCGCCUAAAGAAAAUGUCAUACAUUUUAAACGAUAAUGCCAGUCUAAAGGAAUUGCUUUAUGAGUUAACAAAAAGUAUAUGGAAUGGUUCUCAGUAUACUAAAGAAGGUUUAACAUUUGAACUAUUGAGACGUACUCAAGCAUUUAUGUUCUCCGAAGAAAAAGUGGCAAAAUACAAACAGAAAGGUGAAGAGCUGAAAAAAGAAGUUAUAAAUCUUCUUGGAAAUAAUGGUGUUCUAUUUUUCCCUGCAUUCCCUGUACCUGCUAUACAUCAUAACACCUCUAUUCUGGCCCAAUGGGCUGUUGAUUAUUCUCUGUUAUUUAACAUAUUGGGCCUACCAACCACAUUUGUACCCAUGGGUUUGGACAAUCAGGGAUUGCCUGUUGGAUUUCAAAUAAUAGCCGCUCCCUAUAAUGACAAAUUGUGCAUUCAAAUUGCCGGAGCAUUAGAGGCGGCAUUUGGAGGUUGGGAGCCUCCCAGCAAACACGAAGUUGCUCAAAGACAGAAAUAAGAAUUACAAGGAUUUUUCUAGUCAAGUAUGCAUUGAGGUGCGUUAUACAAAGCUACUCUUAAGGCCUAAACAGAAUGAGCGCAUUGAGGAGGGUCGCGUUGAAAAUGCAACUCUGCAAACAAAUGUUAAAAAAGCAACUUGAAAAAAAUAAGUGUGGCAGCACAGAAUGAAGCUCGCUUCCAAGCGUCAAAGUUGUAAAGUGUUUGACUUUUCCAUGUUGCUUUUGUGAGAUUUUUGUACAGAGUUGCAUUUUUGCAACGCGACGCUUAAAACCAAAGCUCAACGCUCUCAUUCUGUUUUGGCCUUAAAUGCAAUAAUUUUUUAAAAUACUUUAAGCAGUACCUUAAAAUAGCAUUCCUUAAGUAAUGGAGAUCAUUACAAGUCUUUGGACAAAGUGAACUAACUUAUUAUUUUAAUCUAUUGGGUUGCCCAAAAAGUAAUUGCGGAUUUUUCAUAUAGUCGGCGUUGACAAUUUUUUUCACAGCUUGUGACUCUGUAAUUGCAUCCU